CUGUUCGUUAGCACAUUUCAAUCACGAAUUUUGAAUAUCAAAUUAUUUGAUAAUUGGUUAUUUUGAUUCCCAUGUGCGUGCUCGGACUCCAAAAUCAAGAUGACGAGCAAUUUCCAGCCACUUCAUAUACAAAGGUUUCAACAGAAAGUCCAGUUGGUCACACCGGACACAACCUACUGGAAUCGAUUGGACAAAUCGGAGCUGCUUAAGGAACACUCGAACGUCGACUACAUCGACUUCAGUCCGAGUGAGCAGGAUAACUUUGUGCUGACGUGUUCAGCUCGGGUGCAGAUCUACCAUCUGGUGACAAAGCUGGUCGUUAAGAACCUAUCCAAGUUCCAAAAGACUGCAUAUGGCGCAACGUUCCGGCAGGACGGUCGCUUGUUGGCAGCCGGCGAUGAGGAGGGUUAUGUGAAGCUAUUCGACAUAAGCAGCCGGAAUAUACUGCGGCUGUUCAAGGGGCACACGGCGCCCGUGCAUCGCACAUUUUUCACGGCAGACAAAUCGCAGCUGGCCAGCUUUGCGGAUGACAAAUCGGUGCGACUGUGGGAUGUGGGCAACGAGAAGCUGGUGCGGACGUAUGAGGAUGCGCACAGCGAUUAUAUACGUGCGGGCGCUUCGCAUCCGCAGGCCGGGCAUAUGUUCAUCUCCGGAGGCUACGAUGGGAAAAUCAAUCUGUACGACGCACGGGUGCAACAGUCAAUAACCAGAACCCUGGAUCACGGCAGCCCCGUUGAGUCCAUGCUAUUCCUGCCCAAGGGCUCCAUAUUCAUAACUGCUGGCGGCACACAGGUGCGCGUCUGGGAUUUGAUAAGUGGAUGCCGCCAGCUGAUGACAAUGUCACAACAUCACUAGACCGUCACAUGUCUGCGGGUGGGCUCCGAUGGCCGGCGUCUAUUGUCGGGCGGCCUAGAUCGACAUGUCAAGAUCUAUGAUGUGGGCACGUAUAAAACGGUGUACACCUUAACCUAUCCCAAGCCGGUAGUCAGCCUGGGCAUUGCUGCCAGGAAUCAGGCUCUCGUUGCCGGCAUGGUUGAUGGCCUGGUGUCCAUCAAGCGCAUGAUUGUCGACAGUAAACCGAGUCACCUCGAACUGAUCAAGGCCACCCAUCGCCAGACGCAACGCAAUCGGAUGGCGCGUCCCAACACAACAGCAAACGUGGACCAUGUUGUCACGGAUCAACGGCGAAUGCCACAGCUAACGGCGUUCGAGAAUCAUCUGCGUAAAUACAACUACAAGAAGGCGCUGGACAGCGUAUUAGUGCCGAAGAACACUGAAGAUUAUCCCGAGCAAAUCGUGGCUGUAAUCACCGAGCUACUGCAUCGUAGCGCUUUGCAGGCGGCAUUAACAAAUCGAAAUGAGGCAACACUAAUCCAAUUCAUUGACUUCCUGUGCGCCCACAUUGGCGAGGUGCUUUUCAUGCGACCGCUCCUCAAUGCCGCCAGAACCGUGAUGGAUGUGUUCGAGAACAAUGUGUUUGCGUUUAGCAAAGAUAUGUUUGAGGCUCUCGAGCGACUGAGGCGGACAAUGCAGGCCGAGAUUAGACUAACAAUGGAGUUGGUGCAGCUGAAAUGCGCACUAGAAAUGAUUAUCGAGGGGGCUCUGGACAACAAUGAAGACGACGCGACCAAAGUUCGCUUCACACAAUCUGAGGUGCCCAAAAUGCACCCAUCGCUGGCGGCCUCCAAUUACGUAGUCCUUGUCGAUUAGAUUAGACUUUAAGAUAGUUCAUUAUUGCUCCUAACUCAUGAAAUAUAAUCUGUACUUUUCUCAGUCUUCCCUGAAUCUACAGACUUAGACUUGGAAGUUAUACUCGU